CAAAAACUAUGUAAAUUACCGACCUACCCCAUCUAGAGAGAGAAAGAGAGUUUUUUUAAUGUAGAGAGAGAGAGGGAUUUCGUCCUAACAUGGCAUGAAGCUUCCUGCAAUAUUCAGAACGAGUCUUCUUAAAGAGCUCGGUAUUAGAAAUUUAGAAGACGCCAUUGCUGAAUUUCUCUUCUUUAAACUUGAAGAAUAAGCCCUCUCUGCAAUCACAUUUGAGCGCCGAGGCCUCAAAACUGGUAUUUGAAUCUGGAUAGGGAUUGAGGGUGUUUUGACAUGAUAGUCAGUAUCCCUAUUUUAGAAUUUGCAAAACAUACAGCUUGUCUUGGUGGGGGUGCUAGAAAGCAUUUAUUUGGUGAUGUAUGGACAAAAAUGGCAAUUUCACAUUAUUACUUAAGCUCUUUGCGUUUUAGUUCAAGACUUAAUCAUGAAAGGCAUAUUCAUAUGCUAAUCUCUAGAGCUUAUUCAAGAGCAACCACUGGUCCUCAACUGACCACAAGAUUGUCAUUCCACAAUUCUUUGGGCUCGGAUUUUAUCGGGCAAGGAAGAAGUUUGCAUCCACAGAUGAGAUUCAUUUUUGCGAAUUCUACAAGACCAAAAUAUUUGGGGUUUUCAACUAUAUGUCACAAUGUGAAUCUGAAGCUCUCAGUGACUUCGCAUUUAUCCCAAAGUGUUUCGAAAAUCAGUUUUCUUGUGAAACCUAGAACUCGGUCCAGGGGAGGAAUUUCAGCUUUGAUGGCUUUUGGGGCUUGUGUUUGCUGUGCACAUCCUGAGCAAGUAAAAGCUGAGUCACCCGUGUUCGAAAAUGAUCACGAUUCUGAGUGUGAUCCUUCCUCUGUCAAGUCUGUGCAUGGAAAGAAUGUUUACACUGAUUAUUCAGUAACUGGCAUACCAGGAGAUGGGAGAUGUAUGUUCCGUUCUGUAGCUCAUGGUGCAUGCCUAAGGUCUGGAAAGCCUCCUCCAAAUGAGAGCGUCCAAAGGGAAAUGGCAGAUGAAUUGCGAGCCAGAGUUGCAGAUCAAUUUGUCAAGAGACGUUCAGAUACUGAAUGGUUUAUAGAAGGUGACUUUGACACUUAUGUGUCACAGAUUCGGAAACCGCAUGUUUGGGGAGGUGAGCCAGAGUUGCUUAUGGCUUCACAUGUUCUCCAAAUGCCAAUUACUGUGUAUAUGCACGACGAUAAUUAUGGAGGUUUGAUAGCAAUUGCUGAAUAUGGACAAGAGUAUGGGAAAGACGACCCAAUCUGUGUUCUCUAUCAUGGAUAUGGCCACUAUGAGGCAUUGCAAUUUGGUUCUCUUUAGGUCACAUUUUAUGAUUUUCUGGCACCCAUCUGGAGAGAGCACUUUGAUGUCACAAGGUCUUCUGAAGUUCAAUGAUGAGAAACUGAAGUAUAUAGAAGCUUACAAAUUAAUAGAAGCUCACAACAUUGAAAAUUGAUGCUGGUGGAUCAUUCAUAUGCAGUACGGUAGGUGAGCAAUGCAUGUGCCAAUGUUGUUCCUUUUGACUUACCCAAAAAAAUGCUGUACCUUUUGUCAGUACUCCCAUUGAUUUGUACAAACAUUUCUUCUUAUGGCUGUAUGUUAUUGAUUUGUUGGGAUAAGGCUUGGAUGAUGAUGACGUAUGUUAUUGAUAUUCGUCUCCAAUUCCUCAGCAAUAAAUUGCUCGACUUUUUCAGAUUC